AGGUUCUUCCGGGGUCACCGCUUCAGGUCACCGAGGGCUUUCAGACGAAAGAUGGCAGCCUCCGUAGCGAGGGGUGCUAUGGCGGUGCGUUCGAGUGUUAACCGGCCGGUUGCUUUUGUCAGGAAAAUUCCCUGGACUGCGAAAUCGAGUGAGCUGAGAGAAUACUUUGCUCAGUUUGGCCAUAUACGAAAAUGCGUUGUUCCUUUUAACAGAGAGACUGGCUUUCAUAAAGGUUUGGGUUGGAUUUACUUUUCUUCACAAGAAGAGCUACAGAAUGCAAUGCAACAUGAAAACCACAUAAUUGAUGGAGUGAAGGUCCAUGUUCAAGUUCAAAGACCAAAAAUUUUGCAAGGGGAUCAAACCUCUGAUGAAGAGAAAGAUUUCUAAGAUGCUUAUUGCCCAUUAAAUAAACACAAAACAGAA